UUCUUUUUAAACGUUGGCAGAGAGCAUCUACGUCAGUCGUGAUCGAACCUUGGAUUGUCUCGGUUUAACCAGCAUUAUGAAUCCUUCCAUCUUUCGUAUCUGUUUCGCCAGCAUGCUGUUCGCGGCGGCCUUCGCUGAAAUACCAUCAUUCAUAAAAAUAUGCAGUCGAAAUGAUCCGAACUUAAACAAGUGCAUCGUGAAUUCCGUCGAACUACUACGAAACAAGCUAAGCACGGGAAUUCCAGAACUAGAUGUUCCAUCGAUAGAACCGUUCAUGAUGGAGAACUUACACUUGAAGAGAGGUCCGAGUAGCGCGAGUCUCGAUAUGAAUAUCACAAAUAUAGAGGUGUACGGGGCGUCCACGUUUAAAAUCGAUAAUCUCAAAGCCGAUAUGAAUAAAUUACUCUUCACAUUCAACGCCACUUUCUCGAAGCUCGAGUUUCAAGGGAAAUAUUCGAUAAAUGCGCAAAUACUGUUGCUUCAGUUGAAAGGAACAGGGAAUCUCACCGGAAAUUUUCACAAUUUUACCUCUGGUGUGAUUAUAAAGGCUAGCAAAAUUCAUAGGGAUAACGAUAUUUAUAUAUACUUCGACAAGGUAAAACUUAACAUCCAUAUAAGCAAAAGCUCCAUCAAUCUUGAUAAUUUGUUUAAUGGAGAUAAAGUUCUUGGAAAAGUGGCCAACGACCUUUUGAACAAAGACGAUCUGUUUGUGCAAGAGAUAACGCCUUUGUUGGAAAAUUCCUUGGAAAAUCUCUUCUUGAAUGUCAGCAACAAAAUAAUCCAAACUAUGACCUACAACGAACUAUUUUCAGACGAUUAGCUCCCAUCGAUUGUACGCAAAUCUAUCUAAAUUGUUCACAUGCUGAUUCUUAAGCCGUGACAAUCGCCGGUUUCAUACAGUGGCAGACUCGACAAAUUUCUACUGAUUGUUCUGUUUUAUUUCUUCGUUUAUAUUAUAAUGUUAUGUAGUGAGUUUAGCUUUACAUUAUUAGAAAAUAAAUAUUAUUAGUAUGUUAUGUAGUGAGUUUAGCUUUACAUUAUUAGAAAAUAAAUAUUAUUUAAUAUA